CAGCCUGAUUUUGCCUUGAACGUUGUUGACAUCUCUACACAUAGAUGUGCGCAUAUAGGGCGGCUUUGAAGCUGUCUCCCGAGGCAACAAGAAAUGUUUCAUCGGGACCCUAUGAUCCUUAGUUACACAUGGUACUUCCAUUUCUCGACGACAGUCCAAAGCUUUUGGGACAAAUCAGGUCUAUAGAAGUCUGGAUCAGAAGACUUCUUUACGGUCAGUUGAUUCAGGGCAAACAACUAUGCGAGACCUUCCCUGCGGCAUCUUCGACCCGGACUCUAGAAGACGCUUGCCUCGGCGUAGGCCACUUUUUGUAUAAGUAGCUGAACGUUCGUGAGGUUGAAACCCCCAGCCCACCCGCUCGUCAGUUUCAGACAAGAUGAUGUGGAGGAGACUUACCGUCCUAUCGCUCUUAGGGGUAGCUUAUGCUACAAUCACUGACCCUAGUGUCUUGGACGCUUGCCCAGGCUAUAAGGCGACACAUGUCAAUGUCGGAGGCGCGAAGUUGACUGCUAAUCUUGAAUUAGCCGGAACAGCGUGCAAUGUCUUCGGUCCUGACAUCAACAAGUUAAAGCUUGAAGUCACUUAUGAGACCAAGACGCGUAUUCAUGUCAAGAUUUCUGACGCGUCCUCGGCGCGUUACGAAGUCCCUGAAUCCGUCUUGCCUCGACCGAAAGCAGACCCGUUCACGUUGCCUCAGAGUUCGGCGAUUCAGUUCAACUACACAACCUCUCCUUUCUCAUUUUCCAUCUUCCGCAAGAAGACGGAGGAGGUUCUGUUCUCUACGGCCUCACACGCUCUCAUUUUCGAACCUCAAUACCUUCGCCUCAAAACCAACCUUCCUUCAAAUGCGAAUAUCUACGGUUUAGGCGAACACACCGAUACCUUCCGUCUUCCCACGCACAACUAUACCCGGACACUUUGGAGUCGCGAUGCUUAUCUCGUUCCAAAUGGCACUAACUUGUAUGGAAAUCACCCGAUUUAUUUCGAACAUCGUACAAGUGGAACACAUGGGGUGUUCCUUGCCAAUUCAAAUGGUAUGGACAUCAAGCUCGAUGAUACGAAUUUGACGACUCUGGAGUACAAUGUCAUUGGAGGCAUUCUGGACUUUUACUUCCUUGCUGGAAGCGAAACUGACCCUACUGAAGUUGCAAGGCAAUAUGCUGAGAUCGUGGGUACCCCUGCCGAGGUGCCUUAUUGGUCUCUCGGCCUCCAUCAAUGUCGCUUUGGAUAUCAGAACUAUAUCGAGGUUGCGGAGGUGAUCACAAACUAUUCUGCUGCUGCUAUUCCCUUGGAGACGAUGUGGACAGACAUUGAUUAUAUGUUCAAACGUCGCAUCUUCACUAUUGAUCCUGACUAUUUCCCAAUGAGUCGCAUGCGUGAAAUCGUCGACUACUUGCAUUCGCAUGAUCAGAGAUUUGUACUGAUGACCGAUCCUGCUGUGGCGUACCUGCCAGGGGAAGGAUAUCCUACAUUUGAUCGUGGAACACAAGCAGAUAUUUGGCUCAAAGCUGCUAAUGGAAGUGUCAGUUUGGGUGCAGUGUGGCCUGGUGUGACCGUCUUCCCAGAUUGGUUCCACCCGAAGGUCCAGGACUACUGGAACAGGGAGUUCGCUAUCUUCUACAGUCCCAAAAGAGGUCUUGAUAUUGAUGGUGCAUGGAUCGACAUGAACGAGCCUUCCAGCUUCUGCAACUACCCCUGCACAGACCCAUUCCAACAAGCCAAAGAGCAGGACUUACCCCCACCUCGCACCUCAUUGCCACCAGAUCCUCACGCCCCAAUAUUCAAUCAAACUCAAGGACAGACACAGACGACCCUUAGCUUGAAUAGGAAGCGUGUAAACCACAGCGGGGAGGAUUUGCAGAAUCCUCCUUACGCUAUUGCCAAUGCAGCAGGUUCAGGUGCUCUGAGCGAUCGUACUGCAUACGUUGAUGCCAAGCAUGCGAAUGGGCUGAUGGAAUAUGAUACUCACAACCUAUACGGCACAAUGAUGUCUACUGCGACACAUAAUGCUAUGCUAGCGCGUCGGCCUGGUUUGCGAACACUCGUCAUAACUCGUUCAACGUUCGCAGGAGCCGGUACUCGAGUUGGCAAAUGGCUUGGUGAUAAUAAUAGCGAGUGGGAACACUAUCGCAAGAGUAUCGCUGGUAUAUUAGGCAUGGCUGGUAUUUAUCAAGUCCCAAUGGUUGGCGCGGAUAUCUGCGGAUACGCUGGUAAUACGACGGAGACCUUGUGCGCUAGAUGGGCGAUGCUGGGUGCAUUCUAUACUUUCAUGAGAGAUCACAACUCAGAUACUUCCAUUAGUCAAGAGUUCUAUCGUUGGCCUACUGUUGCCCAGGCCGCCAGAAACGUUCUUGACAUUCGAUAUCGUUUGAUCGACUACGUCUAUACUGCUCUGCACCAGCAGCACAUCGAUGGAACGCCCGUUCUCCAGCCGCUUUGGUACCAAUACCCUCAAGAUGCAUCUACAUUCCCCAUUGACCUCCAAUUCUUCUUUGGUCCCUCAAUCCUCGUAUCACCCGUUACAGAGGAGAACUCCACCACUGUCAGCCCCUACUUCCCGAAGGAUAUUUUCUACGAUUUCCAGACUUUGGCACCUUUCGAGGGUCAGGGUUCAAGUGUAACACUUGAGAACGUCAACUUCACCUCCAUCCCGGUCCAUAUUAAAGGAGGUGUCGUCUUGCCACUUCGCGAGAAGGGUGCCAUGACCACCACGGAACUCAGGAAGACCGAUUUCGAGCUUGUCGUCGCCCCUGGUACUGAUGGUCAAGCCACUGGCUCGCUCUACUUCGAUGACGGGGUGUCUAUCACGCAGAAGUUCUCCACUACAGUUCUCUUCUCAUUCAAGAAGUCAAUCUUGUCAGUGACUGGCCAGUUCGGGUUCACGACACAAGUGAAUGUUGCUAGGGUCAAGUUCCUUAACGUGAGCAAGGCUCCAAAGAACGUCAAGUUGAAUGGGAGGGAUUUGAAAAAGAGUUCCGUUGAGUACGACCCAAUAGGUAAAGUACUGAUUGCGAGCCUCGGUAUUCCUUUCCGUCAAGGUUUCGAUGUAGACUACUCUUGAGCAUAUGAAUUUUCCUUGCUGACGUUCACGUUCAUCGACACGCAUGUGCCCCCACGUGUGGCGUCACAUGCGGACUUUCAAUAGUCAACGUUCAACUUUCUGUAUCCCUUAGUACCUCUCAUCAGUACCUCUCCUCCCCCACCUGAAGACAGUAUUAUGAAACGCGUAUCAACCAAAGGACUACAUGCAGCGUACAAGCCGCACUAUGACGAACGCAUAGCUGAAAUGGCGCCUCCACUUUCUGAGCUCCCGCCUAUUAUGAUUCCCCAGACGACCCGGAAAGUUUCUCAACCACCAGUUCUACGCUAUGGCGUCGAGAUUCCGGACGAGAAGCUUUACGAGCUGGCGGACAAGUAUUGUGACUAUCGCCGGGACCAGUUUGUUAGCGAUUGGAACUAUGCUAUAUUGCACGACCUUCCGUUCUACAACGAAGCCAUCGCCGCAGGACGCGCAUUGGCCUACCUGUCAGAGCAAUUUGGCCAUGAUAUGAGACUCGAGCGCAUGCCCGUCUAUUGCUCAGGCAGUGCCAUGAGACUCGUUUCCAUUUGCACCAACUACGCGAUGAGCGGUAAGGCUGUUGAGACGGCUCGGAAGCUUCGGGACUAUUUUGAGCUGACGGAAGAAGCGCAAUGGUACCUUGAUAUGGAAUACUGGUGGUGGACCCUCCGUUGACAUCUAUGCUUGGGCUGCAUACAAUAUAAUAAAUUCAUUUUGUCCUCGUUCUUCCUUUGUACAGUACCUGCUUUCCACUUCUCCCGUUAUCGCUACGCCCGUGUGGCUUUUCAUUGUUCCAUUCCUACUGCAUUUGUCUUUCGUGGUGCUGCGUAGAUGUUUGAGGGUGGCUCUUGACUCUGAACGCUCUGAACAUUUAAGGU